CAGUCGACAUUGACAAAACAAUCAUGAAGAGUUCUAAAAAAUUGAAACUAACUCUGCCAGAUGAAAAACGUGCAACUGAAUUUCCUAACACAGAUCCCAUUAAAAUAACAGGGUUUCGAAUUAACGAACACACAAUUGAUGGAACUGAGAAAAGCCAAACAAUAGAGUUAACGAAACCCACAAAAUACCGACCAAUUGCAUAUUACAAGUUGUACAGAUACACUAAUGCUUUGGACAAGUUUCUUCUCAUUAUUGGUGGCAUUUGUGCCAUCGCCACUGGAUGUUGUGCACCAAUUAAUACACUGCUAUUUGGCCAGCUCGUCGGAGCAGUGGUAGAUGCAACGCUAACUGCUGAUUCCACAGGGCUCAUGGAUGCAGUUAUAUUAUUUUCGAUAGGGAACGUCAGUGUCGCUACUUUCUUGCUAAUAUUUUCUUAUGUGAGCAUUGUUAUCUACAAUUACGUUGGGCAACGUCAGAUAUACCGAAUCCGGAACAUGUACUUUCAAUCUGCUUUGCAUCAAGAGGUUUCAUGGUAUGACUUGAACCCAAGUAGCGAUAUAGCAAGCAGAUUGGCGGAGGAUAUAACUAAACUAGAAGAUGGAAUCUCGGAAAAGGCCGUUAUGUUCAUCCACAAUAUGAGUUCUGUUGUGAGCUGCUUUGUACUAGGAUUUGUAAGGGGAUGGGCACUCGCUCUAGUCUGUCUCGUCACAUUCCCUAUCGCAGUCCUAAUAAUGGAGACAAUUAUGAGGAUAACUUCUCGGUUGUCCCGCCACGAAAUUGAAGCGUACGCCAAAGCAGGAACAAUUGCUGAAGAAGUACUAUCAGCAAUGCGCACUGUGGUUGCAUUUGAAGGGCAAAAGCUAGAACUCAAAAGAUAUGCCGAAAAUUUGUCGUAUGCGUAUUAUAACAACGUAAAGAAAGGUUUUUUUUCUGGCCUGGGGUUUGGAUUAUCGUGGAUCUUCAUAUAUUCUAACUAUGCAUUAUCAUUUUGGUUUGGCGUUGGACUUGUUAUCGAAGAAAGAGAUCUUGAUGAGAGUGAACAAACUUAUAAUGCUGCUAAUAUGAUCACAAUAUUCUUUGCCAUCCUGAUGGGUUGCCAAAACUUCGGAACAGCUUCGCCAUUUAUUGACGCUUUUGGAACCGCUAAGGCAGCAGGUUCUAAAAUUUUUGCUGUUAUUGAGAGAAACUCUUCUAUUAACAGCUUGUCGAAUGAUGGUAAUAAACCAAUGGAGAUAAAUGGACAAAUCGUGUUUAAAAAUGUUCUUUUCAAAUAUCCUUCAAGACCAAAUGUUGAGGUAUUGAAGAGUUUAAACCUCAGGAUCAAUCCUGGAGAGACUGUGGCAUUAGUAGGUGGAUCAGGAUGCGGUAAAUCAACUUGUAUUCAGCUUUUACAAAGAUUCUACGAUCCGUCCGAGGGGCAAAUUCUCUUGGAUGGGCAUGACUUGAAAGAUCUGAAUGUGUCAUGGUUGAGAAGUAACAUAGGAGUUGUUGGUCAGGAGCCUGUGCUAUUUGGUACAACUAUUGCUGAGAAUAUUCGUUAUGGAAAAAUUGAUGCGACUGACGAAGAGAUUACUGCUGCAGCUAAGAAGGCAAACGCUCAUGAUUUCAUCAUAAAAUUGCACAAGGGAUAUGAUACAUUGGUUGGUGAAAGGGGAGCUCAAAUUUCAGGUGGACAAAAACAAAGAAUCGCAAUAGCCAGAGCGAUUGUACGAAACCCAAAGAUCUUGCUCCUUGACGAAGCUACAUCGGCUCUAGAUACACGCAGUGAAGCAAAAGUACAAGCUGCACUUGAUAAGGCAAGUGAAGGAAGAACUACAAUUAUUGUAGCGCACAGACUAUCUACAAUAAGAAGUGCAGAUAAAAUUAUUGUACUUUCUAAAGGCUUAGUGGUAGAGCAAGGGAAUCACAAUGAAUUAAUGGCAUUCAAAAAACAUUACUAUGAACUUGUAACUACGCAGAUAUAUGAAAGCGAAGAAGCUGACGGGGCAAAUAUCUUACUCAGUUAUGCAAAGGAUAACGACAGUGAUGACGAAGAUGAUCAAAAAAUUGUUACGAAUGUAAAGGAUUUUGAAACAGAAGCUAUAGACACAGGGAACAUCUCUAUCAGGAACGUUAUAAAAUAUAACAUGCCUGAAAUUCAUUAUAUUAUUAUCGCAUGUUUGGCAUCUAUUAUUGUCGGCUGUGCUCCACCAGUAUUUGCUAUCCUGUUUGGUGAUAUAAUCGGAGUUUUAUCAUAUUCUGAUACUGAGCAAAUUAGAAGCGAAUCCAACGUUUAUUGUCUAUACUUCGUAGGUAUUGGUUUCGCAAUUGGGAUUGUAACUUUCAUACAGAUAUUUCUUUUUGACUUCGCUGGUGAACGACUAACGAUGCGUAUGCGUGAGUUAGCUUUCGGUGCAAUGUUAAAGCAAGAAAUGGCUUGGUUUGACGAUACUAAUAAUGGAACUGGAUCUCUGUGUGCAAAACUAUCUGGCGAAGCUGCUGCUAUACAAGGUGCAACUGGACAGCGAAUCGGUGUCCUAAUACAGUCAGUCAGUACAAUCACGCUCGGUCUGACCAUUUCCAUGUAUUAUGAGUGGCGAUUGGGACUGGUUGGUCUUGCAUUUAUGCCAUUUAUUCUCGCUACUAUUUAUAUGCAAGGUAUCAUGAUGGCACACGAAGCUCUGAAGUAUCAGAAAUCCUUGGAAGAUUCUACAAAGAUUGCGGUUGAAGCAGUGACCAACAUUCGUACAGUCGCUGGACUUGGCAGGGAGGAAACUUUCCAGCUGGCAUAUGCAGAGGCAAUGAAUCCAUCUUUCCAACUUGCUAAAAGAAAUACCCACUAUCGUGCUUUGGUAUUUGCCUGUGCCAGGUCUAUUGUUUUAUAUGCGUUUGCUGUUGUUAUGUGGUAUGGCGGGACGCUAAUUAAUAACGAAGGACUAGACUAUCCCAUAGUUUUCAAGGUUGCCCAAGCUCUCAUCAUGGGCACUGUGAUGGUCGCUAAUGCAUCAGCCUUCGCACCAGAUUACCAAAAGGGUUUAAUUGCAGCUGCCAAAGUUUUUGCGCUAUUUAACAGAAAACCAAAGAUCGUGGAUCCAGCUAACCCCCAAGAAACGAAGCAGACUGACAUGGGUAAAGUCGAAUACAACUCAGUUACAUUCGAGUAUCCGACUAGACCAGGAGUCACAAUUUUAAAAGCUUUAGAUCUUGAUGUUCCUUCCGGAAAAACAAUUGCCUUAAUUGGAUCAAGUGGAUGUGGCAAAAGCACAAUUAUUCAAUUGCUUGAACGAUUUUAUGAUCCAAAUUCAGGCACUGUUGAACUGGAUAACACAGAUAUUUCAUCUGUGACCCUUGUUUCCUUGAGAUCUAAUUUAGGGAUAGUAUCACAAGAACCAUCGUUGUUUGCCCGCACAAUUGCCGAAAACAUUGCCUACGGCGAUAAUUCACGACAAGUUCCGAUGGUAGAUAUUAUCAGCGCCGCUAAAAAAGCCAAUAUACACGAGUUCAUCCUGUCUCUUCCGCUCGGAUAUGACACCAAGCUCGGUACUAAAGGUACACAGAUUUCCGGAGGUCAAAAACAAAGAAUAGCUAUCGCCAGAGCUUUAAUAAGGAAUCCCAAAGUUCUUUUGCUUGAUGAAGCAACCUCUGCUCUCGAUAUGGAAAGUGAGAAGAUUGUUCAAGCAGCACUGGAUGAAGCGAAAGAAGGUAGAACUUGUAUAACUAUCGCACACAGACUUUCUACUAUCCAAGAUGCAGACAAGAUAUGUGUAUUGGACCAAGGUGUUGUAGUGGAAAGUGGAACGCAUACAGAGCUCGUUGCUAAAAAAGGACUGUACUACAAAUUACGUAUGUUACAGGGAUGAGAAAUAAAGGGUUGCAUUUAUAA